CGCGCGUGGAUGCUGCGGGAGCCGGAAGCCUCGAGCAGCCGGCGCCGUCUCUGCCCCUGGGCGCCCUAUGGCUUGAAGAGCCUGGCCACCCAGUGGCCCCGCCGCCCCCAUGGAUCCGCUGAACUUGUCCUGGUAUGAUGAUGAUCCAGAGAGCCGGAACUGGAGCCGACCCUUCAACGGGUCCGAAGGGAAGGCUGACAGGCCCCACUACAACUACUAUGCCAUGCUGCUCACCCUGCUCAUCUUCAUCAUCGUCUUUGGCAACGUGCUGGUGUGCAUGGCUGUGUCCCGUGAGAAGGCGCUGCAGACCACCACCAACUACCUGAUCGUCAGCCUCGCUGUGGCCGACCUCCUGGUGGCCACGCUGGUCAUGCCCUGGGUGGUCUACCUGGAGGUGGUGGGCGAGUGGAAAUUCAGCAGGAUCCACUGUGACAUCUUUGUCACCCUGGACGUCAUGAUGUGCACAGCCAGCAUCCUGAACCUGUGUGCCAUCAGCAUUGACAGGUACACGGCCGUGGCCAUGCCCAUGCUCUACAAUACGCGUUACAGCUCCAAGCGCCGAGUCACGGUCAUGAUAGCCAUCGUCUGGGUCCUGUCCUUCACCAUCUCCUGCCCGAUGCUCUUCGGACUCAACAACACAGACCAGAAUGAGUGCAUCAUCGCCAACCCCGCCUUCGUGGUCUACUCCUCCAUCGUCUCCUUCUACGUGCCCUUCAUCGUCACCCUGCUGGUCUACAUCAAGAUCUACAUCGUCCUCCGCAGGCGGCGCAAGCGCGUCAGCACCAAGCGCAGCAGCCGGGCUUUCCGCGCCAACCUGAAGGCCCCGCUCAAGGCCAACUGUACUCACCCUGAGGACAUGAAACUCUGCACCGUAAUCAUGAAGUCUAAUGGGAGUUUCCCAGUGAACAGGCGGAGAGUGGACGCCGCCCGCCGAGCCCAGGAGCUAGAGAUGGAGAUGCUCUCCAGCACCAGCCCGCCCGAGAGGACCCGGUACAGCCCCAUCCCCCCCAGCCACCACCAGCUGACCCUCCCCGACCCAUCCCACCACGGCCUCCACAGCACACCCGACAGCCCCGCCAAACCAGAGAAGAACGGGCAUGCCAAAGACCACCCCAAGAUUGCCAAGAUCUUUGAGAUCCAGUCCAUGCCCAAUGGCAAAACCCGGACCUCUCUCAAGACCAUGAGCCGCAGGAAGCUCUCCCAGCAGAAGGAGAAGAAGGCCACCCAGAUGCUCGCCAUUGUUCUCGGCGUGUUCAUCAUCUGCUGGCUGCCCUUCUUCAUCACCCACAUCCUGAACAUACACUGUGACUGCAACAUCCCGCCCGUGCUCUACAGCGCCUUCACGUGGCUGGGCUACGUCAACAGCGCCGUGAACCCCAUCAUCUACACCACCUUCAACAUCGAGUUCCGCAAGGCCUUCCUGAAGAUCCUACACUGCUGACCCUGCUGCCUACCUGCACAGCAGCCCGCCGCUCCCCUUCCCUG